CCGAGCUGCAGCGGGGCAGAGGGGGAGUCUGCAGGGUGUCAAACACACACAGGAGCUGCGAUCACAAACUCCGCAGACCUGCCCAACUUUUCUAAGGAAGCAGCAGCCGCCUUUUUUUUUUCCUCCUCCUUUUCCCUUUUCUAACCCGACUUGGUUGCUGGAAAGAUGACCACAGCCGUGGUGUCGCCUUUCUUCGACUUUGAAGUAAUAAACAAGAACAAUAAAUUCAGCUAUAACACCAACCUGGGGGGCCCUCACCCAGUGUCUGUCCCUUGCACUGGCACCAACGUGCCCAUCUCCAACGCUGCCGGAUCCCUGCUGGACAGGAAGGCGGUGGGCUCUCCCGCCAUGGGAGGCGUGUACCAUCGGCGGCACUCCGUCAGCAGCACGAAGUUCAGCCAGAACCAGUUUCUGAACAGCCUGAAGACGGUGGAGCACUCCUCGCUCAUCUCGGGGCCCGGCAGCGGCAGCAAGGAGACCCGCCUGCGAGACCGCUCCUUCUCCGAGACGGGCGAGAGGCUCCUCAACAAGUGCAUGGGCCCCUCCAGCCCGACGUGCGGCGGCAGCAGCAGCCAGGUGAACUCCAGCCGCUACAAGACAGAGCUAUGCCGGCCCUUUGAGGAGAACGGCACCUGCAAGUACGGCGACAAGUGUCAGUUUGCCCACGGAGUGCACGAACUGCGCAGCCUGAGCCGGCAUCCCAAGUACAAAACCGAGCUGUGCCGCACCUUCCACACCAUCGGCUUCUGCCCCUACGGGCCUCGCUGCCACUUCAUCCACAAUGCCGAGGAGCGCCGCGGACCUCCGCAGCCUUCCUCCCCUUUAAACUCUUCCAACAAGAUGGAGAGGCCCCGACUGCAGCACAGCUACAGCUUCGCCGGCUUCUCCAGCUCUGGAGGGCUUCGGGACAGCCCAACCUCGGUCACCCCGCCGCCCAUGUUCUUCCCAGACGAGGUCCCGAACUGGCCCAGCAGCAACCCUUUUACCUAUUCCAGCCAGGAGCUGGCCAACCUGUUCGGGUCGAGUCUCAGUGCCAAUACUGCCAACACAGAGCCCAACAGCGCCGCACCGCCCUCUCCAACAAGCACACCUUACUUCUUCAGACCCAUGUUGGAGUCCCCUCCGCUUUUCGAGCCUCCUUCCAGCCCCCCAGACUCUCUGUCGGACCAGGAAGGCUACCAGAGCAGCUCCGGCUCAGAGUCGCCCUCGCUGGACAACAGCCGGCGCCUUCCCAUCUUCAGCCGCCUCUCAAUCUCUGACGAGUAACCGGCGCACGCAUCUAAAGAUCAGUGACACAAAGAGGCACUCCCUCUACCCCGAGCUUCCCUGUCGUCCCUUAUUCCAGAUCCUUGUAAGGAUGUAAUAAUCAAAUUAAGGGAACUAAAUUAUAAUGUCACCCCAGCUGAUCUGCACAUAGUUUUAGAAAUUCUGCCAUGUGUCAUAGUGCCAAACGAGGAGUGGAAACCGAACAAUGAAAAUCACGAGAACAAGAAUUGACUUUUUUUUUUUUUUUUUUUUUUUUCUUCCAUGUGCCGCUUGUUUAUUUUUCUUUCUUUUUUUCCCCUCCCUUUUUCCCUCUCUUUAUUUCAUUCGUGAAUGUGUAGCAGCACAAGUGGCCUUGGAAAAGGGGAGUGCAUUGCACUAACCCAACCCUCCCUUCCCUUCCCUCCCGUCUUCCUGCGCUGUGUCCGUGACGUCACUUCCCCCCUGAGCUAGCUAGCUUAGAAGGUGCUCACUAAUGUAAUUGUAGCUCUACGGCAGACGUUUUUACAGACUGAUACGAGACGAAAACAAAGUAACAGACCCUGAAAAUAUAUGAAUAGUGUUUUUUAAAAUAAAAUAGGUUUAAAAUAAAGUGCCUGGGGCGGCUUCUGCAUGUGUUUAGGGUGAGUGGACUACUGCUUUAUAUAUUUUUUUUUAUUUUUUAUUUUUUUUUUACUGCUUCCACACCGCUGUCGGUUCUCCUCAAGCCCCGUCUUCUGUUUCUGAUCUGGGUGAGUCUGCAGGAAGGACUUUUGAACUGGAAGUUGGUUAAAUAUAACCCUACCCAUCCCGUCUGAAUUUCCCCUCCUGUUGCUGGUCACUGGCUAUUUUUUUUUUUUUCUUCAUUAUUUUGGGGAAGGAAGUCUUUAUCGAACUGAUCAUUAAACCUGUAUGACUUUGCCCAACCUACCCACCCCCGCUCCAACUUUUUCAUCCUUUCCGAUCUGGGGGAUUUCCAGCAUUCCCAUGGUGCAGUUCAGAUCGGCUCUCCAAGCUGUUGUACUUUAUCUCUCCCCCUUCCCCGCCUUAUGACUUGCUCCACUGAGCAUUCUGUACUCAUUACACCCCUUUUUGCUUUCAUUAUUUGAUAAUUAUUUUUUAUUGAUGUUAUUAUUACGGUUUAUUAUUUGAGAAAAAACUUUCCAGACAGAAGGUUUGCGUGUCACUGCUUAUUUAACUUAUCAGAACAUAUUUAUUGGUGAUCAUAUGCAUUUUUUUUGUUAAUUUUGUUUUUUGUAUUUAUCUGGAUAAUGAACAAUAGAAUAUAUUUUCUUUUAUGUUAAAUUAUGAUCUUCCAUAUUAAUCUAAAGAUUGUGAAGACGUUUUUUGUCAGUUUUCCUUUUUUCACAGUUUAAUAUAUUGUACUUCAAUGACUUUUUGUUCUGCAACUACACUUUGUCAGAAAUGAAACUAAUUUAAAAGCGGAAAGAAAAUGCAAAAAAAGACGUUUGCAUUUUUGAUUAUUUAUUAUCCUUUUCUCUCUCUCUCUCUUUCUCUCUCUGUGUCUUUUCUUACUCCCUCUCAUUGGACUGCAAUUCCUUCUAAACAACAUUUGGUUGUGUUCAUUCCAGAUGUUUUCCCUGCACAACUUGCAACAGUCUGACAGUAGCAGUUGCCAACUGUUAUUACAUAAAUUAAACUUGUUAUAAUACAAUUCUUGGAGGGAAAAAACAGAUCCCAACUGGAGGACUGGUUAUGCUAAAAUGUUUUGAAAUGGUUUUCCUCGGAGUCUGUUAUUUCAAGCAAUAGCUGUGACCAAAUGAGCGGAGGAAAGUAUUUCAUGUUUUUUUUUCCCUAAUUAGAUUGGAUGCUUGAUGCACUUGAUCUGCCCCCCUUUUCAACCGGUGGAAGUGCCUCUUUGAAUACAUUCCAGGUAGCUAAAGGCUUCUCGGCCUUUUUAUAUUUGAUAAAGCAGAGUACAGUUUUUAAAAGUUGCUUGUUCUGUGUUGCCUUCACGUGUUUUGGAAGAGGUGAAAGGACUCUGACACAAAGAAAGUGAAACUGUUGAAUGUAUUUUUCUUUUCCCCCGUUUUUUGUUCAACCAUGUGUUCUCACUACAGUAAUUUCUGUGAGUUUAUAUGAAAACCUAUUUUUCCCUCUUUUUUUUUUUUUUUUGUAAGUAUUGAUUCCAGUUAAGUCAAUAAACCCCAUAUUUUUGGAAAACUUAA